AUGAACUCAAACUUGUCUAGGUCUUUACUCCGUUUAGGAUAUAUAAAACCUUUGUUUCCACGAUCUAAUGCCCCCAACAUCUCACCGUUAAUAGCUCAUGCAUCGCUGCUUAGAGGAACACUAUUGAAUAAAACAAGGUUAUACAGUAAUGACGCCGGCACAACAUCACAAAAGAAGGCUGAGACGGCUGGCAACAAGCGUAAACCAUUGUGGCCUCAAGUAAAAUCUGCUUCUACGUUUACCUUUUCAGGUAUACUUGUCAUUGGAGCUGUUGGUAUAUCUACCAUUGUUAUUUAUCUAAUUCUUUCCGAACUUUUCUCUCCUUCAGGUGACACACAACUUUUCAACAGAGCUGUUUCAAUGGUAGAGAAAAACAAAGAUAUAAGAAGUCUACUACAAUGCAACGAUGGCAUUACGGGUAAGGAAAGAUUGAAGGCGUACGGUGAACUCAUAACGAGUGAUAAAUGGACAAGAAACAGGCCUAUAGUGUCAACGAAGAAAUUUGAUAAAGAAGGCAUGACACAUCAUUAUAUGAGAUUCCACAUCGAAUCCAAGAAAAAAAUAGCAUUGGUUCACUUGGAGGCUAAAGAAUCGAAACAAAACUACCAACCUGAUUUUAUCAGUAUGUAUGUUGAUGUUCCAGGAGAGAAGCGUUACUAUCUGAUCAAGCCAAAAUUGAAUCCAGUAUCAAAUUCGAAAGGCUUCUUAGGAAUAAGUUGGGGGCCCAGGAAAGGCUGA